GCUCCCGCCUCCCCGCCCUCCCCGGCGCCCGGCCAAGCGGCGGGGACGCGCGAGCGACGCGCGGCUGACGCGGGCGGGGCCGGCUCUGCGCCUGGGUUUCAGCGGCCGCGGCCAAUCCCCGCGCAGCCCGCGGCGGCGUCGCGCCUGAGCCGGGACUCGGGCGGCACCUCCGGCCCCCGCCCCCCGCGCGCCCGCUGGGGCCGAGCCGAGCGGAGCGGAGCCGGAGCUGGGGGCACAGAACCAGGGAGACCGCGGCGCGGAGCCCAGAUAAGGAGAUCGACGCUGGAAAGAAUCCUGCAAUGUUGCUAGGAGUUGGCUCCAUGUAUGGCCGGGCUCAGAGAGGUUAAAUAACUUGCCCAGGGUCACACAGCCAACCCAGGUGGCGCCGCGGUGGAGGGGAGGGCCCCGGCGAGGCCGCAUCACAUGAGGUCCGCGCACGCACCAUGUCAUCAUGUGUCUCUAGCCAGCCCAGCAGCGACCGGGCCGCCCCCCAGAAUGACCUGCGUGGCGUGGGCGGCAGCAGCAGCCAAGGCCAGAAGCCCUGCGAGGCGCUGCGAGGCCUCUCGUCGCUGAGCAUCCGCCUGGGCAUGGAGUCCUUCAUUGUGGUCACCGAGUGCGAGCCAGGCUGUACCGGGGACCAGGGCCUGGACCGGGAUGUGCACCUGGACGCCGACGGCGGAGAAGUCCCCCUGGAUGCCGGGUCCCAGGCCCAGCCCCACCUCUCCGGUUGCAAGCUGUCGCUGCAGGAGCGGCCCCAGCUGGACGUGAACGGCCGCUGCAUCCGGCCAGCCCAGCCCUCCUCGCCUGCGGGCUCCCCGCAGUCCUCGCCGCGGCUGCCCCGGCGGCCCACGGUGGAGUCACACCACGUCUCCAUCACCGGUAUGCAGGACUGUGUGCAGCUGAACCAGUACACACUGAAGGAUGAAAUUGGAAAGGGCUCCUACGGUGUGGUGAAGUUGGCCUACAAUGAAAAUGACAAUACCUACUAUGCUAUGAAGGUGCUGUCCAAAAAGAAGCUGAUCCGACAGGCGGGCUUUCCACGUCGCCCCCCGCCCCGAGGCACCCGGCCGGCCCCAGGGGGCUGCAUCCAGCCCAGGGGCCCCAUCGAGCAGGUGUACCAGGAAAUCGCCAUCCUCAAGAAGCUGGACCACCCCAACGUGGUGAAGCUGGUGGAGGUCCUGGAUGACCCCAAUGAGGACCAUCUGUACAUGGUGUUUGAACUGGUCAACCAAGGGCCGGUGAUGGAAGUGCCCACCCUCAAACCGCUCUCUGAAGACCAGGCCCGUUUCUACUUCCAGGAUCUGAUCAAAGGCAUCGAGUACUUGCACUACCAGAAGAUCAUCCACCGGGACAUCAAACCUUCCAACCUCUUGGUCGGAGAAGACGGGCACAUCAAGAUUGCCGACUUUGGUGUGAGCAACGAGUUCAAGGGCAGUGACGCGCUCCUCUCUAACACCGUGGGCACGCCCGCCUUCAUGGCUCCCGAGUCGCUCUCCGAGACCCGGAAGAUCUUCUCUGGGAAGGCCCUGGAUGUGUGGGCCAUGGGUGUGACGCUGUACUGCUUCGUGUUCGGCCAGUGCCCGUUCAUGGACGAGAGGAUUAUGUGUUUACACAGCAAGAUCAAGAGCCAGGCCCUGGAAUUUCCAGAGCAGCCCGACAUAGCCGAGGACUUGAAGGACCUGAUCACCCGCAUGCUGGACAAGAACCCCGAGUCAAGGAUCGUGGUGCCAGAGAUCAAGCUGCACCCCUGGGUCACGAGGCAUGGGGCGGAGCCGCUGCCAUCUGAGGACGAGAACUGCACGCUGGUCGAGGUGACCGAAGAGGAGGUCGAGAAUUCGGUCAAACACAUUCCCAGCCUGGCGACCGUGAUCCUGGUGAAAACCAUGAUACGAAAACGCUCCUUUGGGAACCCGUUCGAGGGCAGCCGGCGGGAGGAGCGCUCGUUGUCAGCGCCCGGGAACCUGCUCAGCAAAAAACCAACCAGGCAGUGGGAGCCCCUGUCUGAGCCCAAGGAAGCAAGGCAGCGAAGAAGGCCUCCGCGGGCCCGCCCCGCCCCCGCCGGGGGAGGAGGAACUGCUCCUGUGAAAGGCGGCCCGCGAGUGGAGAGCUGGGGGGCCCUGGGCCCCGGCCACCAGGCACGCAUGCAUCCCCCGUGGCCGGACGACGCGAUGGAGUAGCUGCCGACCGCCCGUGACCUCGCAUGCUCAGCGUCUCACCUCCGGGGCUGCGCGCACCCCGCGUUUCCAUAGCAGCAUGUCUUACGGAAGCACGUGUGUAGAGCCUUGCCCGUCAUCUCUGGGUGUUUUUGUUUUUUUUUAAACCUUUGUUGUUUUAAAGGGGACAAAAAAGAAAAAAAGACCUCCACGACAUCGACCAUGGCUGCUGGCUGGCUGAACGUGCGGGCGUGAGGAGUUGCAAACGCAGACCCACGUACAUUUUGGGACAAUUGCUUUUUAAAACAUUUUUAUGCCAAAACUCCUUCGCCGUGAUUUUGGAACCAUGUCAGCUGUCCCAGGCGAAUGUGUGUGGGUUUUAAAAACGGGCAGAGAACAACCAUGGUGUGGUUUGAGACCACAGAGUGGGGCUGUCGCUGCGUUUGAAAGGGAGAGCAGUGGGUGUGGCCUCUCGUGCAAACCCCACGCCUAAAACCGUGCCGCCCUCCAGGACCCUGAACUCAGGAGUGGAGGCGGGGCUCGCCCUCAGCAGCUGCAGGGAGCUUCGAGGCAACGAAGUAUUUGUAAAAAAAAAAAACUUUAGCAUCGUUUUUAUGGCUAGAGUUGUCAGAAACAGAAAGGGCUUGAUGUUUAAACUGCUCUGCAAAGAGGAUUUUCUGACCCAUGAAGGGCCUUGUGGUCUUGGUGGGAGAAGUUGCGUGCGUUUCAAGGACGGGAGUGUGAUCCUUUACGACAGCCACUUACAGCGGAGUUCUCAAGGAGCUGACAGAGCUCUCUUAGUAAAUCUUUUUAAACGACAAAAAAACAUCAGGGUGAAAUCCUAUACUUCCAUGUAUAUUACAUGGCUUAAGAGUGAACAAAGAAGCAAAAAUGUUCAAUUCUCCAGCUCUGUCUGAACUCCAGAGUAGUUCAGAAAUCAUUUAGAGCUUCCAGUUUCUGGUCCACGGCUCCAGGCAGGAGUCAGAGCCCAUGAAACGUAGGCUUGUGUAUUAGCAGCUUAGCUUGUUUACAACCUGUGUGUUCUAGACACUGCUGCCGUUUUGUUCUCUUCUUAAAUACUAGCUGAGUGUUGUCGUUCGUGAAGCAGUUAGCUGGUUUCUGGAGGGCCAGUUGGGAAACACUGGGAUGGUCAUUGGUACCAGCAAAGCUCUAUUAGGAUCGACCCGAGAGCUCCUGGGACCCUUUUCGAGAAGGCUGUUGAAACCCAGAGCACUCCUCAGGGUCCUAGCAGGCCAGGGCCUGGCCCAGGACGUUCCCUUUUGUAAAAGCCAAAAGUCCAGAAGGAAAAGGUUUACCUUCUUGACUGCCAUCUGGUAUUGGGAAGCCUGGUUGCUGUUCAAGUGAGACUUCUUCCAGACCCACACGUGGGUGCGUCUGAAGUUCAAGGGUAGGAAAACUGGGAGGACUUUGUUUUGGGAGAGUCCCUCUGUGUUGUGGGACCUGACCUGGGGAGAUGGUAGUGGGGCUCAGGGGGACCCGCUUUCCUGUAAUUUCCAUCCGACCAGCCUUGGUACGAGGACUUUUUGCAGAGAUGGAGAAGCAGGGACUUGUACCCCCUUCCCGGCGCGUUCACUCGGCCCAGGCGUUCUUGGCUUCCAUAGAUCUCGACUGUAAACUCUUUAACUGUCGCUUAACCAGAGUUUUAUUGCUGUCUUUUAACAGUACAGAAUUAGGGACUGCCGGUUUGCAACAGCAAAGAAUACCCGUCUGAUGGAGGAUAGUCUCGCCUGCUUUCUUUCUCUUUCUUUCUGUAGCCUAGUACUUCCUCUUGCCCUCUUAGCUUGUUGAAACGUAUGGGCCCCUCCCCUUCCGGGAGCAGAUGGGGCCUGGUUAGUGUGCAGUAAGCACUGCGCAGUGGUUCGAGUCAGCCCGUCCUUGCUCUGCGUCCAGGCCUCCCGGGAGGACGAGCGGCACACAGCGCUUCUGCAGAAUUCCUCUGUUUACACAGCCUUGUCUGGCCGCAGUCUCUCCCCAGAGGAAACCCUGGGGGGGGGCGGUUUCGCAUGUGGAAUGCCGUCCACUGGGCAGCCCCCAGCUGUUCAGGUGGGUGGGUUAGGGGAGGCCCAAGUUCAUAACUUUUUUCUUUUUUUUUUUUUUUUACGAAGGGACACCAAAGAAAGCUGUGGAAAGGAACUGCCACCCCCCAAAAGUCUAAGUAGAGAGGGUUGUUACAUAAAGUAUUAACUACCGCCCCCUGGGACCACAGAUGUUGAUUUUUCAAAAACCAGCUCCAGCAGGAGAGGGGAGAAGCUGUUAGGAACAGCGCUCUCAGGUGAACCAGGACGCCCGUCCGUUUCCCACGGCUGGCUCCCCUGCGGGACCAGUUUGGUGUAAGCGUCCUGCGGCCUGCAUCCGUGGCCUUGAAGGAAGCACAAGUUUCUCUCCCCAUCUUUUCCUCUGCCCUGUUCCGCAUCCCUCACCUAGUCCUGGCUUAUGGCUCCCGUGAAACCCUUUCUAGCCCCUUGCAGGCACCGGGGGCUGGGGAGGCUGUUUCCCCAGUGGUCCAGCCUUUCCCAUGAGCUAGGGCUCCCGUCCUCAAAGCCUCUCUGGAACAAGGAGGCGAGUCCCUGUGCACUCAGACACAUAGGUUGGGCACGCAGGUUGCUCUCAGUCAUCUUCCAAAGGGGAGCUUUGUGUUUCCGGUGGGGAGGACCAUGACCUCCACCUGCUUCUAAGGUGCUAGGGAAGGUUUCAAGAUCGUGGAUUCCCACCUCCUCCAGCUUUACGGGCCGAGUCUCGUGGGACGGCCGACUUUUCUAUUCUGUGACUGACGUCCUGCCCGAUGCUUCUGUUUCAUCCCUGGUCCUUUCUACUAUGCAUUUUCCUUUUAUCAGGUGUACCAAGUUAAAUACUGUGUAUUUAUCACUUAAAAAAGACAUGAACUGAAGAGAAAAAGAAGCCUUUGGUGUUUUUCCACAGAUGUCGAAGCUUCUCUGUAAACUUGAAAUAAACAGACAGGCAAAUGGUGCGAA